AUGCCGUCGUUGGUGUGGUUUGGGCGGGCGUGGUGGGUCGGCUCCGAUGACUUUGUGUUCUCAAGCGCCGUGCAAGCCAUACUCUUCUUUGGCAGCGGCGCCCUUAUUGCAUCCCGGGUGAACACCACUAGAUCUAACUACCUCGACGACUGCGACCUCGCCAGCGUCUCGUGGGGGCGUACCAUGAUUGGACUUCUCUGUAUGAACGUUGUCAGUGCGGUACUGUUUGUGUGUACUGCAGCCGUUAGUCUGCAGGGUGGCGUCUUUGAGGUCUCCAAGCGGAAAGCCGUGCCUUUGUUGUUGUAUAUUGAUACCGCCUGCAUCACCUUCAUCUUUGUGCUUGCUUGCAUAGGCGCCAGAUACGCCAUCUUUGGCACUGAGACCCAGUACUGCACCCAGGCGUCGACGCGCCAUGUGCUGCGUGGCGCCAUCCUAAUUGACCUGAUUCUCUUUGCGCUCUAUGUCGCCUUCUUUAUCGUCGCAUUUGACCCCAGUGGAGGGCACGCGCAUCGCAGCAGCAGUGACUAUGCCCAAGUGUGGUGGAGGCGCUUCCACAUUUGCUGCUGCCGCCUCAACAAGAGCAGUCACAUGGAGGACGCCUACGCAGACCUCGCGCAAGUGUUCGCCUUUGCAUUUCGCGGAUACGACAUCGUACCGAGCGACAUUGCGGCAGGCACCCUCCUCUUGCACGGCUAUCAGACCUGUUCUCGUGCAUUACUCUCUCGCAUGGUCAGCUACGGGCCCAACCCGAAAGGGUACCAUGAGCGCAUAUCGAGUCAAGCCAGACCGGAGCCGCGCCUCACACCUGAACAACGCGCCUGGGCGCAUGAGCUGCAGCAGUACAGUCGGUUCUUCAUUGCGACCUACGGAUGUCUCCUCUUCGAGUUCCAGAACUUGGGCACGGGCCUUGCCCGACUCUGCUGUUUUAACCCGUGCAUGUGCUGCCGGCACCAACCUGGUCAGCACGUUGGUCAGGGGUGCUGGUGCGAUGUGACUGCGCUUCUGCACGAGGCUCAUAUCCCCGAGGAGGAUCUGUUGCUUACGAACUGGGACAACAGGGUCUUCAAGCCGGUGCAUUAUGUCGCCUACGACCGCACCAGCGACGUUAUCAUAAUCGCAAUCCGUGGCAGUAUGUCGAUUGAGGACUGUGUCACGGACUUCGCUGCGCUGCCUGUGACAGUGACGCUGCGCGACACGCCGCACGAUGUGCCUAUUAGCGAGUACUAUGCGCACGGUGGAAUGGUGCAGUGCGCCUACUACGUGCUCGAGAACCUCCGCGAGCACGGUAUUCUACAGCAGCUCCUGAGCGGCCGCUUUGUCGGCAACAAAGUAGUACUACUGGGACACUCGCUCGGGGCCGGGGUGGCUCUCAUACUGUCAGCGGUUCUUUGGUCUGAUUAUAUGGGGCUACGCAACCGCCUGCGCUGCCUCGCGUACGCCCCUCCUGGUGGCAUCGUUUCGAAGGCGCUGAUGGAGUAUCAGAAGGACUUUGUCGCGGCUGCGUGUAUGGGCUACGACAUGAUCCCCCGUCUGGCCCAGCACACCUUCGAGUCCUUCUGCGAGGCCAUUUUCGACGUCCUGGCCGCGUCGGACAUCAACAAAAACCUCAUUUUUAUGAAUGUCCUGCGCACCACUGAAAUUGCGAAGUCUUUCCACCCCUCCUUCUUGGAUAACUUGCAGGAGAGGCGUUCAGCCGAGAGCCUGUUGUUCCGUGAAUCCUUGCAGAACACACUGUACAGCCCGCCACGUGAGACACCGAAGCUGUACAACUGUAGUCGCAUGAUCCACUAUGUGAAGGUCGUCGAAGUGUGCACCAACACCUGGUGCGUACCAGGCUGCCGGCGUUACAACGAGGAGGUGUACAUCCCCGUCGUACGUGACUUCGAGGAGGUGCAGAUGAUGCUGGCGUCGCCGACAAUGCUCACAGACCACUUCCCCGACCGUUUCUUCCGCGUUAUGCAGAAGUCGAUGGAACUCUUCGACAAGGGCGAGCUUGACCGCUUCUACGUGGACGACCUAUCGGACAUGUCUCCGCCUCUGCAUGGUGCCUCCAUGCACUCUGUGAAAAGCGCAGCAACCACGACGACAGAGACUGGCUUCUUGGCCAACUACGGCAGCACUGUGUAG